AUUAAUAUCUCACCCAAUCUGUCUGCUGCGCAUCCAGGUAGUAUCAAACCCAAAAGCAGAGGCACUAGCAACAUCAUGGCGGAUUCAGCAUCAAGUCAUGGUACAGGACAGCAGCCAUCGAAGCCUGACGAGGUCAACCGGACCACGUCACCGAGAUCCAAUCUCACCAGAGUUGUCUCCAUUGCCGACCCUGAGAUUGAAAGCAUCUCCCCGUUGAUGAAAGGAAAGCACAAGGAUCUUGACCAAGGCGAUUACUUCGACCUCGACAAAGCCACCAAGCAGUAUCGUGCCAGUGUUUCCGGUAAAAGACUAUCGGGUCGGCCAUCCACCGAACGAUUGGGGACAUAUACAAAAGCUCCCACCCAAGAAGGCAAUCCUUCUCUUUCCUCACUUCUUUCCGAAACAUCUGAUACUUCAUCUCGCCAUUCGCAUGAGAAUCUAGUCAAGCAUGUGACCGCAUGGCUGAAGAGUGAAAAGGCUCGACGAGCAACCCGCAGAGCGAAACGAAAGGCUUCCAAACAUGCCAAAGCCGCAACUGAGACGGCAGGAGCAUCUACCCAGGACCCAAAUCAAACGGAACCCCAAAGAAGAAACAGCACCUCUUCAUCAUCCGACGGUUCAGUUGCGCUCGAACACCUCGCUGAUAUUUUGGGCCGGAGCUUGUCGGUCAGAUCAACAGAGAGCUCGUCUCGUCAUCAUAGAUCGUCCCAUCAUCGAAAACUAUCUGCCAUGAUGAAGCGCCAUUCCACCGUGUCAUCUGGAGAGGAUCACUUUGAUUCCAUUGAUCAACUUGUUCCCAGCUGCGAAGCUACGUUGGACAACACCAAGACUUUGACGUACGGUGCGGGUGGUCCUGAAUCCGAAAGUACUGUUGACCUAACCAAGGGAGUGGGUAAGAGGCGCGCAAAGAAAGAGAAAGAUGCUUGGGCAACUUUCAAAUAUGAAAUCGUCAGACUUGCACACACUCUUAAACUAAAAGGCUGGCGACGGGUGCCCCUCGAUCACAGUGGAGAGAUCAGCGUCGACCGGCUCAGUGGUGCACUGACAAACGCUGUGUACGUGGUUUCACCACCAAGGGACCUGCCUGGUGAGGAAGGACGUCAAGGGGAUCUGCCAGCACCCAAAAAUCCUCCACCCAAACUACUGCUCCGUAUCUAUGGCCCUCAAGUUGAGCAUCUCAUCGAUCGGGAGGCUGAACUGCAGAUUCUCCGAAGACUUGCACGCAAGAAAAUCGGUCCUCGAUUACUAGGUACUUUCACAAAUGGCCGAUUCGAAGAGUACUUCCACGCCAGGGCACUCACACCCCAAGAGCUUCGCCUUUCCGAUACCUCGAGACAGAUUGCAAAGCGGAUGCGAGAGCUUCAUGAGGGCAUAGAUUUGCUCGCGACUGAAAGAGAAGCCGGUCCAUUUGUUUGGCAGAAUUGGGACAAAUGGGUCAAUCGAGUGGAACAAAUAGCUACGUGGCUUGACCAGCAGAUCCUCAAUGGCACGCAAGAGCCUGGAGAGUCAUCUACCGAGAAAUGGAAAAGCCGCGGAUUGGUGUGCGGGGUUGAAUGGCCAAAAUUCAAGGAAGUGGUUUACAAGUAUCGCGAGUGGCUGAAUGAGCAGUAUGGUGGCAUAGCAAAGGUCAACGAGCGACUGGUCUUUGCUCACAACGAUACACAAUACGGGAACAUCCUUCGCAUGACACCGGCAGGAGAGUCGCCCCUUCUUUUGCCUGCCAACGAGCACAAACAACUCAUUGUCAUCGAUUUUGAGUAUGCAAAUGCCAACCUCCCAGGUCUUGAAUUUGCCAACCAUUUUACGGAAUGGUGCUACAACUACCACGACCCGGAAUUUUCUUAUCUUUGUAACACACAGUUCUACCCUACCGUUGAGGAGCAACAUCGAUUCUUGAGGGCCUAUCUGAUGCACAAUCCCACUUUUAAAGCACCUGGUACAUCCGCAUCAAACCCACCAACACCUCAACUCGCGCCUCUCCAUUCAUCUGGUAGCAGCACGGCUCUUGCAGCCACUGCCACGCCGACGUCUAUCUCCGCGUUCAUGCUCGAUUCCCGAAUCCCUUCGGGUUCGGGGAAGGGAAGCUACGAGGAGAGGGAGGCACAAACCGAGAGACACAUUGAAGAGGAAGCUAGACGACUGAUGGCUGAAACCAGGUUGUGGAGACUGGCCAACUCUGCAAUGUGGGUGGCAUGGGGGAUUGUUCAAGCGCAUGUGCCAGGCCUACCAGACUUUGACAAGGACGAACAGGAGACUACUAGCCAAGCGGCACCCGUGUUGGAGAGUGCGACUAAAGAGCUCAAGGAUGAAGCAAAAGCUGAAGACAAAUCCAAGCAUGGGGGCGAAGACGUGGCCGAUCCGUCCGAAACGCAGAACGAGGAGGAAGAAUUCGAUUAUCUAGCGUAUGCGCAGGAUCGAGCCAUGUUCCUGUGGGGCGAUGCUAUUCGACUGGGUAUCAUCAAAGCUGAUGAGCUGCCCGAGGAAUUGCGCAAGAGGAUCAAGGCGGUUGAGUAUUAAGGAACGAGUACAUGGUAGCUGAUGAAUUAGCCGGCCUUCAGUAUGAUAGUAAUGAAAGACGUCAACAGAUUUGAUGAAUAUGUAGUCGCCCGUUUAGAUGCCGUUAUUUUCUUUGACCCAUCAGCAUUCUAUCCUUGGGGUGAAGUAACCAAAAACUUGUGUUUGAUCCAGAUGAUGUUGUUCUGUAGUUAUGUGCAGUUUUCAAGGGAUUUUUUUAUGUACGAGUUACUACGCAUGGUUGUUUUGC